GCAGUAGAGAUGCCCCCGGUCCCACCAAGGCCUGGGGGAAUUGUCCCUCGAGUCCACCCACCAUUCUCUGCUCUGACUCUGGCUCCCCAGACACGCCGAUACAAGGGGGAGGCUUCUCACGAGCUGCCUCAGCUCGAAUCAGAAGCCCUGAGCACAACGUAGAAGAAAAACCUCGAGCUUCUGUGACUUCAGGCAACAGAUUGCCCACAGCUGAGGGGACCCUUCUGAUUGCCUUCAGUCGUCAGUUCCUUCCACACACCCCUCCCGGCAGAGUGAGAACAGACUUUCUGGAAGAGAAUUUCGCUAGGAAAACUAAGAGAAGAUUAGCUUUUGCCCAAAUGCAGAGAGGCACGCACCCACCCAGGGGGCACCCAGAGGCUCUGGAGUGGAGGUGGCCUCGCUCGAGGGAGCUCUUGCUCUCCUGGCUGAGGGUCCCACGCGGCAGAGGCAUGAGAGUCCUGCGGCUGCUCUGCUUGGCUGCGCUAGCCACCAGCAGCUCCGCGAAGCAGGAGAAAGAGCCGGUGUCCCAGCUGCAAGCUGACUUCACCCUGUUGGACAGGGGGUCAGGCCUCAGGGUAGAGGUGUUCUGCCAGGCAUCCUCGGGCAGCCCACCCAUCACCUACAGACUGGUCAGGAGGAACGGGCAUAUCCACAUGCAGCAGACUCGGAACACUGGGCAGCCAGCCAACUUCUCCUUCCCACUGAACCAGACAUCGGACUGGUUCCGGUGCCAGGCUGAAAACAACAUCAGCGUCCAGCACACUCCCUUUACACUGGUGCCCCCAGGAGAGCUGCCCCAGGGACCCACCUUCGUGCUGGCUGGCUGCCUCAUCUCCAUCAUAGCCGUCUUUUCUUGGAAACUGAGCUGGACCAAGCAGAUCAGUUUCAGGAGGAAGCAGCAAACAGAAAAAAAACAAGAACCAAUUAGAACCAACUAGGCUCAAGAUGGCGGAGGAUUCGACUUCCAAUAGAUCUAGAGCCUUACUACACGCUCUAUACGUUAGCUAAAUGACACACCCACCAGCACCAGGACAGCUGGCGAUCACCAUGAUGACAACCAGAAAAGCCCCUAUGAGAACUGAAAAGGAGAGUUGCAUCAGUUCCAGGUCGUGACCAGAAGAUGCAGGCUGGGCAGAGUCCCCAGGAGAGCCCUGGUCCUUGUCCCCUAUAGAAGGACCCACCAUUUGAAGAAAUGAAAUGAAGAAAAGAAUGAAGAAAAGCCCCACCAGCCUGGAUUCUUGGAGCGCUGGUGUUCUUCAUCAAAUACUCAUGGUGCUAGUUUGAGGGAUUUAGGAUGGGGGGAGCUGUAGGGGGAAGGAGAGGUCCAUAGGAGGACGGGGCUCUGUGAGGGCCCCUCUCCUCACCGCUCAGCAGCUCGUCACCAUCCAUCCAGGUCUGGGGAGAUGGUGGGGUAGAUGUGAAGGCCCAGAGGCACCAGCCCACCCAGGGCCACUGCUUCCUCCCCCACCCCUGCUCCCCUCUUCCCUGGAGUGGCACCCCAUCUCCUGGUGGCCCAGUCCUCUGGCUCCACUGCUGACCUGUCACCGUCCCAUUCACCUGGAGGACUCUGGGCCCCACCUGGCCAGCACCCCCUCAUUAAUCCUUACCUGCAACUAUGAUGUCUGGAAUUCCUCCCUGCCGAGUCAGCCUGAGGCCCCUGGAGAACCAGCCCCCCCUCCCCACCCACACACACCUAGAGCCAUCCCAGUUUGGACGCUCUGAACCAUUUCCGGAAAGAAUGGUAUUAAACUCUGCCCCCUGCCGGCCACCCUGGGAACUUCGUUUCUGUCUGCACACCAUCUUGGAGCCUGGAAGUCGGCCCUACGCACGGCCCUACAUGGCCCUGGGGCCGGGCCCGGCUCGGGAAAAACUGGGAGGGGCGGUGGUCUCGACCACAUCCCAGGCUUAGCUCCAGAGAGGAGGAAAGAGUGACAGGCCAUGCAGGGAGGGGUCCAGGCUGUGGCCUGGGGUUUGAGUAGAAUGGGGGAGAAGAGAGGAGGUGCGUAGGAGCCUGCGUCUUGGGCAGAUGGGGCCCAGACGGCGUCUGGCGGGGCUUCCUGGAGGCGGAGGCGGGAGUGCAGGGGCAAAGAGUGGAUGGAGCCAGGGGGGCGGGCCCUCCUUGCGACCCUCUCUUCCUGGGGACUCUCUGGCCCUUUCCAGUCGCCCUGCGGACCAGCAGAGCAGAGGGACGAGACUCCGGCCGAGAGGUGGACUGGACAACGAGUCCGCGGCCGCUGGACGGAUGUCGGCCGCUGGAAGCGCAGGCCGG